AUGUCGUCAAUCUCCGGCACCAAGAUGGCUUCAUCCGCCAUGCGGACCCUCGCCGCCAGAACCCUCCAUCUGAAAGUCUACCCAACACCAGAGACCUUCGCCGAGCGCCGCGAAGUGCUGCGAGUGAUCGAACGGUUUGGGGAAGUUGCUAUGUUCAAAUCGCAUAAGUAUGACCCUAAGACACCAGUCCACAACAGCUUCCUCUCGGUGUACACCUGGGAGUCCUCCGCGCAGGAUCUCCGAAACGUUUCCCCUGUCCGCUACCGCCUGGUGGCCGAAUCUACAGAGAGAACAGAUAACUCAGAUGCCGAAACUUCAAAGGUCUUUUCUCUAUACGCCUCCGAAACAAACUACAACCACAACGCCUUCUUGGUGUCUCCCCGACAAAAUCCCUGCCACGGACCAUACGGCCCUCUACCCAAACGAUCCUCAUAUAUAGCUCAUACUCUGAAAAAGACGGUGCCUGAUUCAAACUGGUCCGAGGGGUUGGUGGACUGGGAUACGGAAAAGAGUGCAUAUCGUGUUGAAGAAGUGCUUUCUCCUGAGGAGCAGAAGUCGUUACGGUAUGAUCCUGAUGGGACACCGAUCAGCAAUGUGUGGUCUGCGAAACGCGAAGAGGUUGUGAAGCAGCGGAGUAAGACGCCGAGGCUCAUGGGGGGUCUGCAGCCACUGUGGGAGGAGAGGGUGGAAAUGGAACGAAGAUUGAAGCUGGAGCAGGAAGCAGCAGCCAGUGACGCGGGGCCAAAUGCGUAG